AUGGAUUCUCAAGAGAUUAUGGAUUUUGAGAAUAUUAUGGGUUCUGAAGAUAUUAUGGAUUCUGAUAUUAUGGAUUCUGAUAUUUUGGAUUCCAAUAUUUUAGAUUCAAAUAAUGAUUUUAUUACACCAUCUAAGAAUUUUGGUAUAUAUUGGACGGGUUUCUUGCAUUCAAAAGAAUUUAAAAAUGAUAAAGCUCGACAAUAUAAUACAAA